GGGCUGCAAAUAGAAAUUUAUGUAUGUAAAAGAGGGGACGCGAAUGUUGGACGGAGGGUGGACGCGUCCAAGAGGGGGGGGGGGCAGGGGGGGACGGCUCGUAUUGGUCAUAAAAAACGGCGGUUCUGGAUUUUGCAUCUCGGCUGCAUCCAAUGGCGUCUGCGGUCUGCACAUAUGGGGCCUCGGAUCACGGUCACGUCGGCGAGGACAGCGACGGCGUCGUUGGUGGAGCGCAGGGGCGAGGGCGUCGACCGACGGGCGGCGCACCAGGAGUCCUCCAGCGCGGUAGGUCACGGAAUGUGUAUCGCGCGCCUUGCGGAACGACGGGUCGAGCCCCUCCGCCAAUCGAGGCGGCAGUCGAGACGGUGAGCGGCUGACGUCCUCGCGGGCGUGGCGGAGUACGGCCGACACUAUGUGCUGCGGCAGCCCGCGG